GACAGCGCUUUGAAGAAGGCCCGCCUCCUGCAGGCGCAGCGGCAGGAGGAGUACGAGAAGGCCAAGGUGACCACCAGCCGUCUGGAGGAGGAGCAGAGCGGUGGAGGGGCGGGGCCAGCGGCGGCCAAGCAGCUGGAGAAGAGGCGCAGGCUGGAGGAGGAGGCGCUGCAGAAGGCUGAGGAGGCCAGGGAGCACUGCAAGGCCUGUCAGGUGGACGUUGGUCUGAAGAAGGUGAACCUGGCCAACACCAAGAGUGAGAUCAUCACUCAGAUCAGAGAGAUGGUCUCCCAGUGUGACCURACCCUCAAAGCUGUGACCGUCAACUGGUUCCAGCUCCAGCAGGCCCAGGUGGUGUCUCUGCCCGUCAACCACCAGAGUCUGUGCGAGAGCGCCAAGCUGUACGAGCCGGGCCAGAGGUACAUCGAGUUCGUCAGGAGCCUGUCGACGGACGGCGCUCGCCUGGAGCCGCACUCAGAUUCAGCCGCCACUCAAAACUCCUGGCUUCCUCUGAACAAGCGUUCGCUGAGUGGCAGCCACUCCUCCCACAGUAAUCUGUCGCAGCUGUCCGUCACCUCRGACGUCCUGGGCGGGGACGACGCCGACGGUCAGAACAACGGGCACCACGCCAGGAUCGCCGAGCGGCGCUUCAACGGCAGCGCCGACAUCCAAGCGCUGCGGAUUCAGGGCCCGUUCCGCCCCUGGGCCUCGGCCAAUCAGAGCGGAGGGAUGUGCAGCGACUCGGAAAGUGCCGGAGGGAGCAGCGAGUCUCGGUCUAUGGACUCACCUACUGCAAGUCCAGGUGACUUCAAGAGGAGAUUACCCAGAACCCCCUCCACCGGCACCAUGUCGUCCGCUGAUGACCUGGACGACAGGGAGCCCCUCUCUCCGCUGGACACCGGUUUAAGUGAUCUGGUAAUGGAACCCGCCAGCUCCCCGGGGCCSUUCAGAAACACCCAGAUGUCCAAGGCUGCUCAGACCCACAAGCUGAGGAAGCUCCGAGCUCCGUCCAAGUGCAGGGAGUGUGACAGCCUGGUGGUGUUUCAUGGAGCUGAGUGUGAAGAGUGUUCGUUGGCCUGCCAUAAGAAGUGUUUGGAAACCCUGGCCAUCCAGUGUGGCCACAAGAAGCUCCAGGGGAAGCUGCACCUGUUCGGCAUCGACUUCACGCAGGCGGCUAAAAACAGCCCCGAUGGCCUCCCCUUCAUCAUCCGCAAAUGUACGUCAGAGAUCGAGAACAGAGCGCUCAACAUGAAGGGUAUCUACCGGGUGAACGGGGCCAAGUCUCGGGUGGAGAAGCUGUGCCAGGCGUUUGAGAACGGCAAGCACCUGGUGGAGCUGUCGGAKCUUUACCCCCACGACAUCAGCAAUGUGCUGAAGCUCUACCUGAGACAGCUCCCAGAGCCCCUCAUCCUGUUCCGUUACUACAACGACAUCAUCGGUUUGGCAAAGGAAAGCCAGAGCAUCAUGGUGGAGGAGCUGGAGGCGCUGCGCCUCAACCCCAGCGCCGUGACCACGGACCAGGUCAGCAUAGAGCUCAACCGGGUCCUCUUCAAGAUCAAAGACCUGCUCCAGCAGCUGCCUCCGGCUAAUUACAAAACCCUUCAGUUCAUCAUAGAGCACCUCUGCAGGGUAACGGAGCAUUCUGAGGAGAACAAGAUGACAGCCAGCAACCUGGGGAUCAUCUUCGGUCCCACCCUGAUCAAACCCCGGCAGGCUGACGCAGACGUCUCCCUCUCCUCCCUGGUGGAUUACCCCUACCAGGCUCUGGCCGUGGAGCUCCUGAUCAGGCACUACCAGAUGAUCUUCGACACGCCCCUCAGCCCUCUGAGCYUCACCCCGCCCACGGACCUGGACCUCAGCCAACAGGAGAAGGGGCGGCAGCUGAGCCGGCACUCCAAGUCURUGGGAGACAUCAAGGAGCAGAGCUCCAAGGUGUUCAAGAGACACUCCUCUAUAAUCCCUUCUUCUCACCUGUUGGCCGAGGUUCAGGAGACUCUGCCCAACCUCCACGACUUCGAAGCAGUGGAUGAAACGGACUCGGCGGUUUUAAACGGGGUCCAGGCGUCUGGUGUGACUGAGAAGGCCUCGGAGAAAGGCCUGUGUCGCUCUCAGCACGUCACCGUCACCCGGGUGCAGCUCCGACACCCCCGCAGCCGACUCUCCUCRCGGCCCAUGAGCAUGCCGGCCGAGCGGGCCUUCAGGAGGAGGCGGGCCGACGACAACACCCGGAACACCUGCAGCCAGGACGAGGGCGGCGGUCUCGAGCAGUCCAUCGAUGAGGCGGACGAGGCGGACAGCACGAAGGUGCGUGUCAGUACYAACUACCGGAGUACCUGCAUCGACACGCAGACGCUGCGGAGAACGUGGGACAAACAGUACAAGUUUGACGCCAAAGCUGCCAGACUGGGGUCCAGUUCUCCCUCGGAGGGCUCGGCGGUGGACUCCAGCUGCUUGUCGGCUUCCAUGCCGUCCGUUUCGUCCCUCGGAACCACMAUCGGCCCGAUCUACCCCAACAGACCGUACACGGUCGCAGUGCGACCCAGCAGGACUUUGAAACGGGAGGARGGGGCGUCCAAGAACAACACGGUGACCACGAUUUUCAGAGCUCCCAGAACUCUCCUGCCUCCUCCGGGGACUUUCUACAAACCCCCGACGGGGAGCAACGCUAAGUCGCUACAAGACUGCCGGCUAGCUAACAGCGCCGAGGAGGAAGACGAGGAGGACGAGGACGAGGAGGACGAGGACGAGCUGGGGAUGGAGAUAGAGGUGUCAGUGGACGAGCCUCCUGAGGACGACGGCGCUGCUGAGCAGGUGGACACGUCUCCCAGCUCCAGUCCUGAGGAACUGGGCCAGAACCAGUCCAAACCCGUGUACCAGAGACUACGGCCCAGGCGCCUGCAGGAGGUGGAGCACAGAGAGGCUCAUUUUGUGUGAGGAGCCGGACUCUGGACCUGAACCCUCCUCAGACGGGUUGUUGGAGGCGCCACCAGAACCAGAUGCACUUAAACACGCUUCCUUUAACUCACUCACUCACAGAACUCUGCACCUCGCUGCAACACYUCUUUAAAACUGUGCAAUUGUGUUUUUAUUGUGUUUGUGUCAGGAUGUUGUACAGACUCGCAUCUGUGUUUGUAUACCAAAAACACAAACUAAAUCUUUGUGUUAGUGUGGAAACUGCAGCCACAACUUUGGAACUACUUUAGUGCACUCACCCUGACAUGAAUACUCCUCCACAGAUCCAGGACCAGGGUUGGGUGAUCAGGUGAAACCUUUCAGGUCGUCACCGUCGGUCCAACAACCGUUAACCUGUUCAUUCAGACAGAAAGAGUUACUUUUAACUGUUGGUCAGUAUUUUAGAGAGUUAGACCCUGAACCUAUUUCUGUUUGACAGAAACCUCAGCGGUUCAGRUUCAUUUGAUCUGGUUCUUAUGAAAACUUUGGUCUGUUUAAUUGUUACGUUAGGCUGUUGAUCAAAGGACCUUUUAUUUGAUUUUUUUAUGUUUUUGCUCUUAAACUUUGUGUUGAUUUUUAAAUGAUCCCAGAGUUCCGAUUUCAAAUUAAGAGCCAUUAAGAAUCAUUUUAAACAAAGUGGCAGUUUUUUCUUUUAAUUUCUUGUUUUUUUUAAGCCAAUUUCAACAAUUUCACAUUUUUUUUAACAAAUCAAAUUCAAGUACUUGUAUUGGAGUACUUGCUGGUACCGAGUACCAAUACAAGUARUAAUAAAUUCCAUCACCAACAUGUUUCCUUUUGAGUUAAUUUCUCAAACGUUUCAAAAAGCAGCUGUUGGUGUCGGGAAGCUCGUGCUCAUAUCUUUAGUAGGAGUGUAACGAUACAUCCAUUUGUAUCGAUAUAUUGAUUUGAAUGGUUCAUGAUUCAGUUAUAUCAAAGCAAAAUAAAAAUAUCGAUCUAUAUCAUUGUCAUAUGCUCGAUGUGAAUCGAUAUCAUCAGAUAAUAUCAUUAUAUCGAUCGUAGACGUGUGAAUUGAAUUGAAUCAAAAUCAUAUCGUGACUUGUGAUAUCAAGAAAUAWCGACUCGUCAUCCAAACAUAUCGAUGUAAUAUUGUAUCGUGAUAAAGCUGGUGAUUUACGCCUCUAAUCCGUAUAUUCCCCAGAAUCCUCUUCUGCUCGAUGACUGAAGCUGUUUGAACUUUGUGUUUGCGUUUUCCAUGUUUUAUCAAAUUGUUUGUGUUAAAGUCUAAAAGUCUGUCUGCUUCACUUUUCCCACCGUUGUUCACGUUGACAUCCCUCCAGCUUCUUCGUCUUCAUCUUCGUCGUCUUCUUCCUGUACUCUGAUUGGACCAGUUCUGGUGUCGGUGCAUUCCUAAUGAUGUUUCRCUAUCUUAUCCUUUAAUAUUACAGUGUGUUAACAUUUCAUUUGUUCGUCUAUUUAUAGGUUUAAACUCUUAAGGGGAAAUUGUCUAAAAUUAAACAAAUGGCAUCAGUAGACUGCAGUGAUCGUCCAGUCACCCAGCCCUGGUCUGCUGUGGGUCAGAGUGUUUCAAACUGUUACAACUAGGUUAGGAUUAARGGUUCUGAUAAUAACCUGAAUAUAAAAUGACCUUUGACCCAGUCUGUUUGGUUUUUACCAUCUAAACAAGCUUUUCCAGACGUCACCGUUUUUAUUUUUAUUUUCCAUCAAAUAUAUAUAUGUCUUUAAAAUAUAACAUUUACAUUUGUUUUGGUAACCAAAGCUGUUUCUGUUUGUUUGUUUUUUUUACAACUCAACAGGUCUCAAUCUUACAGGUUUGUUGUAACAGGAAGUGCCUCUUUUAUUUAAAGUAUUUUCUGACAGAAGGUUAAGUMUCAGUGUAAAAUAAAUAAAUAAUAGGUACACGAUAAGCAAACACCCUUUUUUGUAACUUAUUAAAAUAUAUUUGUAACUUUCAAAUUA